CCGCAGUCGAGGACCUCGGUCACGGCCCGCGGCAACGGCUAGCUCUUCUUACGGCCCACGACAGACUCUGCUUAUGGUCUGAACGGCUGGGAGAGACCAACUGUUCCCCGCAUUCUAUCCGACACGCUCUCUUCUUCCUUACCUCCGCCACUACCUAGCUACGCGCCGCGACGAAAUAUGAACAGUCCAAUUGACGAGAAGGAGUUGAAGGAACUGCAAGACGGCCGCACGACGCCCUCGAUCGUCGAUGAGGACGUGUACGAGGCGACGCUGUCCCCCUUGCGGGCAGCGGUGCGACGAUGGACGCUGAAGGCAGUGGAGAGGGAGUCCCCGAUACUGGCUAGGAUGCAGGCGCGCAUACGAUCACCUUUCCUCGACUCAUACUUCCUGUAUACCUCCUCUCUUGGCACGCACACGUUCUUCACGAUCCUCCUCCCUACCUUUUUCUUCUUCGGCAAUGAUCAGCUUGGACGGAGCCUCUGCCUCAUCGUUGCACUAGGCGUGUGGGUGACAAGUAUCAUGAAGGAUUUCGUAUGCUCGCCACGCCCGUUCGCUCCGCCUGUCCAGCGCCUGACCAUUGGCACCCAUCACCUCGAAUACGGCUUCCCCUCCACACAUAGCGCCAACAGCGUCUCCAUCGCACUCUGGUUCUACGUGAUCCUGCACGACCUCUCCGCAAACGCGGCAAUUAGCUCCACAACAUACGCGGCCUGCACAGGCCUCCUCAUCCUCUAUGCGUUCUCCAUUGUCUUCGGCCGGCUAUACACGGCAAUGCAUUGCUUCACGGAUUGUGUAGCGGGUGUAUCUGUUGCUGUAUGGCUCUGGUGGCUAGAGGCCUCAUGGGAGGGUUUUGUGAUGCCGGUACCUUCAGUGAUAACCUCGGCGGUGGCGACGAUAUACGACGCACUGCCGAGUGUACUGUCGUCGUUCCUCAAGACGAUGAUUGCACCUGCAGCAGACGGUGGCCUCGCCUUACUUCGCGGUGCUGGUGUCGGCUCGCUGAUCGAGCGUUGGAUCCACACCGCCGGCAUCGAGGUCCCUUUUAUCAUCAUUCCGCUAUGCCUGCUCGCUAUCAAUCAGCACCCUCAACCAGUUGAUGAUUGCCCAUGCUUCGAGGAUGCCAUUGCGGUCGGCAGUGUCAUGGUCGGCGCACUUGUUGGGCGUUGGGGUAUGAUGUACUUCGGCCUGGAAACAGUGGGCGUACAAUCAAAAAACCCGAGCAGGAUCCUCAUGCCAGGUUCAGGUUGGGUGUACAACGAGACCUUGGGCAUCGAAGAUGCCGUGACGGGCUGGGUGCAGGAGCCGCGGACGUUGGUCGAUGUAUCUAUCUGGUGGACCAUCGCAUUCCUGAAGAUGUUUUUGGGGAUCAUGAUCAUUUUCGCAUGGCGGCUGUUCGCAAAAAGCGCAUUGCAUAUCAUCCUUCCACCGACCUUCCGCUUCUUCGCCAAGCUCGUCGACCUCCCUAACCGUCGCUUCUACACGCCCGCGACCGACUACAAGAGCGUUCCCAGCGAGUUCGUCGACGAGCGCGGCGGCUUCCGGCUGCACGCCAUUCCGAGUGUGAUCGACCUGCCCAGCAUGUCCGGGAUGGAGGUUGGCGGCGUCGGUAGUGGCGUGAGCGGCAACUCUGUCGCGUGGCGCCUCGGGGAGAGCGAGAUGAAGCUGCGGCAGGGGUCCGGCGUCGUGACGGAGAAGGCGCAGAACGCGGUGGACCCCAACCCGCUGGCACGCGCGUCGAGUCCGAGGGAGGAGACGAUGGUGCAGCGGCUGAAGCACUACGAUGCGGACGUGCUGACGAAGUUUGCCGUGUAUGCUGGUAUCGCGAUACUCGCCUGCGAGGUUAUCCCGCACCUGUUUGAGAUCUUGGGUUGGGGCGUGCGAUCGUCGCCCUUCUAGUCGCGUUAGCGCCUUGCACAAGAAAAUCCAGGGGUCAGGAGAGGAAGAGAGCGACACUACUCGUUGACAUCUGGCGUAUCACUAUGCUCUGCUGCAUCCCUGCAUUAUACUUGGGUGACAGUGUAUAUACCCCUUGCUUCCCACUAGCCUCGCGAAGUUGGUUCUUCUGGCCUUCUCAAUGCUCUUGUCGGAUCGUAACUUUACGUCGCGGUUUUCCUGUUGGUAUCCUACGUUUGAAGACACUGUUGCAUGUUUCCGUCAGGUGUAGUAAUAGAGUAAAGUACAAUCGAAAACAUCUAUUCCAAGCUGGCGGUAAGGGGGC